GAUUUUUUAAUUAAUUUUGGGAAAAUAAUAGUGAAAACCUCAUCGGAAAAGUUUUGUUGAUUACGCCGCCGGUCUUCGAGCACUCCCGGUCGCCGUCGGUGUCCCAAUUUUGGCGCCACAAUUCGUGUUUUAUUUUUUCUUUGGAUCAAUGAUGAAGCCGCGACCGUGUUCAGAUCUACAGCCUUCCAAAUCGGAGAGGAAGCUCUGAUCAUCUCUAAGUGCUUAAUUUCGAAACUUGGAUGUUGAAAUUCUAGGGAUUNUUUUUUUUUUUUUUUUUUUUUUUAUUUGGCAAUCAAUCAUGGCGACGAGGAAUCGUACUUUGUUGUUCAGGAAGUAUAGGAACUCUCUGAGGAGCGUUAGAGCUCCAUUGUCGUCAUCAUCUUCAUUGACGGGAACACGAUCCGGCGUUGGCCCGGUUAUAGAGAUGGCGAGCACAUCUUUGAUGAAUCCGAAUCGCUCUUACGCUCCUGUUAGUACCGACGAUCCUGGGAAUUCGAGUAAAGGUGCGAUAACAGUGGGGUUACCACCAGCUUGGGUUGAUGUCUCUGAAGAGAUCUCUGUCAACAUACAGCGUGCAAGGACUAAAAUGACUGAGUUGGGAAAGGCUCAUGCCAAGGCGUUAAUGCCGUCGUUUGGAGAUGGUAAAGAAGAUCAACAUAAUAUUGAGUCUUUGACACAAGAGAUCACUUUUCUAUUGAAGAAGUCUGAGAAGCAACUUCAGAGGCUUUCUGCGGCUGGACCUUCUGAAGAUUCUAAUGUUAGGAAAAACGUGCAGCGAUCUCUUGCCACUGAUCUCCAACUUCUUUCUAUGGAGCUCCGCAAAAAACAAUCAACCUAUUUGAAACGCUUGAGACAGCAAAAAGAGGAUGGGGUAGAUUUAGAGAUGAAUCUGAGCAGAAACAGAUAUAGACCUGAAGAAGAUGAUUUUGGCGAUAUGUUAAACGAGCAUCAGAUGUCCAAGAUUAAAAAGAGCGAGGAAGUAUCGGUAGAGAGGGAGAAAGAGAUACAACAGGUUGUAGAAUCAGUAAACGACCUUGCUCAAAUCAUGAAAGAUCUUUCUGCACUUGUGAUAGAUCAGGGUACAAUAGUUGAUCGGAUAGACUAUAAUAUUGAAAACGUCGCUACUACUGUUGAAGAUGGCCUCAAACAACUGCAGAAGGCAGAGCGAACACAGAGACAUGGAGGGAUGGUGAAGUGUGCAUCUGUGCUUGUCAUCCUCUGUUUCAUCAUGCUGUUACUCUUAAUUCUUAAGGAAAUAUUCUUGUGAUCGGAACAACUUCUCUUUCACAGAAGAGCUAAGUUCCGUGGACCGUCAUCCCUGGUCUGGUUAGAUCAAUAAGAAAAGUUUGAUCCGUAAUUCUUUCAUUCUUUAGACCCUAACAUCGUAUAAUUUUCUUCUUGCGGUUGUUUCUGUACGGUUAUGAAAGUCCGAGAUGUUAUUAAGAAACAAAAAAAAAAAAAGAAGAAGAAAAAAAGAGACAGUAUAUGUUCUUCCUUGA